UUGGAUUUGCUCUCGCACCAUAACGAGAUGAGGGAUAUAAGGAGCCCUGGUCAGAACAUGGGGGUGUCCUAUCGGGUGCUGAGGAGACGGCACGAUAACUCAGUUGCAUCUUAUUUUCAGGGCGAAGCGAUUCAUCCGGACUGCGCCAUAGUCUCUCAGCACCUGAGGGCUCGAGAGAUUUGUAGCCAGACGAGGAUGAGCGAAGCGCAAAACCAAACCGAACAAAACGGAUGUAAAACAGAGUGGGACGAAAUUGGAUGCUGGCUGAGAGCUGACGUGGGGCAGGUGGUCAAUGUCUCCUGCUCUGAAGUCUUCCAGCAUUUAUCUAGUAAUCAAGGGUAUGUGUACAGGAACUGCACUGCCGAUGGCUGGUCAGAGAUGUAUCCACCCUAUGAGGAGGCCUGUGUCUUUAGCGAUGACAGUGAGCCUGAAUCUGAGACGAGUUACCUCUACACAUUCAGACAAGUCUACACUGUAGGCUAUGCAACCUCGCUCAUCUCCCUCAUUACAGCCAUAGUGGUGUUUGCAGCCUUCAGGAAGUUCCGCUGCACCAGAAAUUACAUUCACAUCAACCUGUUCUCCUCAUUCGUCCUGAGAGCCAGUGCUGUGUUCAUUAAAGACACAGUGCUGUUUUCUGAUGAGACCCUGGAUCACUGCUCCAUGUCCACGACAGCAUGCAAGUCUGCCGUGGCUUUCUUCCAGUUCAGCAUCCUGGCCAAUUACUUCUGGCUCCUGGUUGAGGGCAUGUAUCUACAGACCCUGCUGGCGCUCACUUUCGUCUCUCAGAGGAAGUACUUCUGGUGGUACAUCCUAAUCGGAUGGGGGCUGCCAUCAAUGGUUCUCAUUCUUUGGGUUCUAACCAGAUUCUUCUACGAUGACAGAGGUUGCUGGGAUGACACAGACAAUGUUGGUAUUUGGUGGAUCAUUAAAGGACCGAUAACAGCCUCGCUACUGGUCAACAUAGUAAUCUUCAUAAAUGUCAUCCGGAUCUUGGUUCAAAAGCUUAAAUCUUCGGCUAUACAUGGGAACAAUGACACUGGCCAUUUCAUGAGGCUGGCUAAAUCUACCCUCUUCCUCAUUCCUCUGUUUGGGAUGCACUACACUGUAUUUGCCUUUCUGCCUGAGAACACUGGAGUGGCAGCCAGGCUGUACAUCGAACUGGGCCUGGGAUCUUUUCAGGGGUUUGUGGUGGCCCUCCUUUACUGUUUCAUGAAUGGAGAGGUAGGUCCAGACAGAGCUGCGUCGGUGGCUGUGGAAGUGCCACAAUCCAAACCAUCUCACCCCAGCCAAGAGAAGUCUCACCCAGAUCACAAUUCGAACACGUGGGGGGCUCGGGUUGCCUCCUUCGAGCGCAAACAUCUCCUCAGUAUGAUUUCAGAGACCUUCAUUUAAAAAAAAAAGCAUUGCCUGAAUGGCACGAGGAAAAUUAAACAGAGGCGAUCCUCGGCUGAAUGAAAUUAAUUCAGAAAUCCCUCUGAGAGAAUUUAAAAUGAUUAUGAACGCUGGUGCUUGAUCAAGAAAGCAUGUCAGAAGGCCUUCAGUCCAGGCAACAGCUGUGAACCUAAGGACAGCGCAGAUAUCCAGUCUGGACUACAACACGCUCUCGCUCUCUAUCUCUCUCUCUCCCUCUUUCUCUCUCGUAACAGUGGUACUUAAUAUGUACAGACAUUAUGGUGCCACUGUAAAGAGGGAAACAACAGCAGAGACGGAGCUGGCCCCGUGUUUGUACGAGGUCAAUUUCAGACUGUUGUGUUUACAGUUUGGAUUGCAUUGGCAGAAAAAUGAGAAAAUACUGAGCGGGUACUUGGACACAGCUGAAAAAACACUGGAUGUUUGAACAUACCAAAAUAUAGGGACUAGCUUUGUGCUGAGCUACUCUGAACAAAGGCAGUGACAGUACAUUAGUGGAAUUUCAGUCUCGGUUGAAAAUGUAAUUAAAAUCCCCCCCGUAGUAGGACUGAUAGUCCUUUUUGUCUCAUGGUGCCUCAAAUUGGUAAACCGUGUCUUAAAAAUACUGUUUAGACAAACCAUGUCCAUAUUUGUGAGCAUUGUCAUUUGUCAUGUUCUUGCUGUUUGGAAAUGACUGGUGCUUAAGUGAAUAUCAAAUAAGAAUAAAAAGAAGUUCCAGGGCUUUUCCUGGUAAAAUGCCAUCAAAAUGAUACUGUCUGAAUACAAUGAAAAAAUUGAAGUGACACAGUGACAGUGGCUGUGCUCUGGUGAAGUCACACUAUUCUCCACAGCAGUCUGCCAAAUAAAGCUGUUAAAUUGA